CCUAUCCUCACCAACCACACGCCCUGCCGAGCCAUGACAGGCCUAAAAGACCUGUGCAAACGUCCGCCGCAGUAUGGUCUCUGCGAGUAAAGCGAAUGCUUCGGUCAGCGCGCACGAAAGAGCCGGCACACGCGACACGCAUCACAAGGCAGCGCCAGCGGAGUCGCGAAAGCGCAAGAGGGGCGAGGAUGCGCCGGGACAGAAGCGGAUAACUAUACGGCCAUGUCCGGCCUCCGUCUAUGACAAGCCGGUACACCUGACGCCUGUAAAGCUCAUAGAUCGCGCCCAGUUGCCUCUGUCAUUCCUGGAUCUCGUGCCCCCGAACUCGACGGUACCUUCUACACGCGUCUUUUCUGCGUAUAUCGACGUACUGGAGCGUUCGAAAUCGAAUAAUAGCCAGGAAGCUCCGAAAAUCCUCGUCACGAAAUCCGAAGCGGACAAUGCGUUGUAUGCAGUGGAGAAGGUUCAGCGUGGCGCAUAUGCGCUAUGCAAGUUGGGUGACUGGGUGAAGGAAGCGGACUUGGGGAUUGUCUCGAAACACCGGGCUAGCAUACCGCAUGCUCAUGUGCUACCAGAGUCCAAGAGAGGGAAUCCCGCCAGUUGGUGGCAGACAGCAGCUUUGGAUGCGGCGCCGAGCAUCAAGCCUGAGACUACGAGAAGCGACCUCCCUCGGCUGUCAAUGCAGCGUCCGGUGCCUCUACCAAAGUCAGAUUCUCAAAGUAUAUUCUCAGUCGACCCUUUCACGGAGCCUGCUCAGCAGCCUCUGUCUAUGGAGUAUUCUAUGGUGGAUGCUCCAGAAGCGCCGCAGGAGCGUCCACAGACUGCAGACGAAGUGUUCCAGAUAAUAGUUCAGCAGUACCUUGAAGCAUUGUACUUGUCUAAAACAUCUUUGGCCUUUUUUGCCAAAGGCCCGUUGUCUCGGGCAAGAGCGGCAUUUACGUCCAAUGAUAACGCGCAAAUGAAGCUAGGAGACCUAGCUGCGUUUCUACGCUCCAUCUUACUGCAACUGGGUGCGAUGGAUAAGAAGUAUCGCGAAAAGCUUCCCGAGAUUGUCAAGUCUAUGCCCAUAGUUGGCUUGUCUGAUGACGAAGAAAUGGCCGUCCCAGAGAAGCGUGCCAAGAAGAAGAGCAAGCCAAAGAAACUAAAACCUGGUAAGGAGGGGUUGUAUCCCGCCGAGGACGAGUAUGUGAAGAAGUGGUGGUUGGAUGAUCGCCCAGGAUCGCCCACUGGACAUGGUGCAGAGUCUGCCGAAGAGAUGCUGAAAAGAAGGCUUGGUGAAUUACGUGUGCGAGAGUCGAUGGCUCAGGUCAUUCUGGUACUCGAAAUCCUGGCUUUGGAAUCGUCGCCUUCCUUCCAAGCCGCAAACGCCGAGGAUACCCAGAACGAGACACAGGCAGAGUCGCAAAUAGGCGGUGGUAAGAAGCGGAAGCCAAAGAAGCCUCAGGAUUUGAAUGUUCUCCUCGACCUCAUUCUCGACAAACUGUGUAUUUGGCAGUCUGUCGAGCAAGACGAGAUUCUUGUGAAGCUAUCCAAAUCCUCCAGAGAAGGGAGCAGUGGCGCCGUUGACCCUAGUCCGACCAAGUCUGGGACAUCAGACAAACUCAAGAGCUUCUGCAUAGAAGUCGUCAUCCCAUUCUACAUGAGCCGUAUCCCGGAGAAAACCGCAGCUAUCAACAAAAGACUUGGCGGGCCAAACGCCCUGUCUCCCGCAAAACGGCCAGCUCCUGGCUCAGCCGUGAUUCGCCGCAGGCCCAACGAAGCAGCCUCCAAGGACGACCCCACGAAAAAGAGCAAGAAGCCGCUGCAACGCGUCGCGACAGAAAACCUGCACCAACCACACAGUCGGCGCCCGUCUCUCGCUCGCUCCGCCAGCGACACGUCGUCCCUGCCACAACUCAAGCGCGAAAGCAGCGAAGCCCCCUCACUCUCCUCCAUCCCCCUCAAAGACUCGCAAUCCACAUCCAGCCGCAACUCGCUCUCGCAAUUCCAGCGCUUCGCGCGGCGCGAGAUCGAUCUCUCCGCCAUGUCCAGCGCAACGGAAGCCAAACUCAAGAAGAAAGCGCACAUUGAGCAAGAACUCCAAAACGCAAUCAGCACGCUGAAGAAGCCGAACCGCGGUGAAGCCGUCAAAGAGUACGCCGACUCGGCGGACCGGCGCCGGCCGGGCUUGGGGCGCAAGGCGAGCGGAGCCCGCAAGCCCGCCCAGACGGUCCAGAUCACGGCGACGCCGAAGCGGAGCAGACGCGCGAGAGACGCUGCAGCCGGCGCGGCGGUCGUGGAGGCGACGCCGAAUUUCCGCGGGGCGGCGCGCUUCGCGGCACAGCAACAACUACAGCAGCAGCAACAGCAUGAAGCCGCGGUGCCAUUCUCCAGCGACCCCGUCAUUCCGUCUAGUGCGGUGCGCCCGCCUGCGUCGGCGGUCGUGCCUGGCAGCGCGCUCAGGCAUGCGGGUUUGGCAGUCGAGGACACGCCGUCACGGCCGCCGGGGGCGAAGACGGUGGCGUUUGCGGGGCUUGGUGGUGCAGCGAGGACGCCGGUAUCUAAGUUCGCGAUGAAGCUGCAGAGCGUGAGCGAGGAGAAGAAGGGUACCAGAGAGGAAGGGGAAGAGGAAGAAACGACACGCGGGCCGCCGGCGUUCAAGCUCCCUGCUGCGCCUGGUGGUGGUGGUGGUGGUGGUGGUGGAACAGCAAGGGCAAGCAGGGGCCUUGGCGAUGCGCCAUCUGUGGUGCCGAGCACGCCGAUUAAGACGCACGGAGCCUCGCCCGGGUUUAUGGACUCUCCGAUUAUUGGGUCGUCGCCGCCUGUAGUUGAGGGCGGGGAGGGAGAGGGGGAUGAUGACGAUGUGGAGGUGGGUGAGGUGGCUACGCCGCAAGCAAGAAAGGGGAAGGACAGGGGUGGGAAUAUCCUGGAUGCGGAUGACGAGGUGGACAUUUAUGGCGCGUUGGGGUGGGAUGAUGAGUUGGUGUAGUGGGCUGGUGUGGUUUGUGAAGCAUGGGGUGGUGCGCUGCCUGGGAUGGCGUUGGGGGUGAUGGGGAUGGUUGCUUUGGUGUAGCGUAGCUUCGCGUUUGCCCGCUUGCAAUGGAUAUCAUAUCGGUAGC